GGAACCGAGACAAGGGUAGUUGUGUGUGAGGUAUUUGCCAAUGGCAGACUGGUUGAUCGGGGUAACACAAUGCAUUGGUGCCGACAAACCCAUGGAAAGUAUGGAGUGUACGGGUGCAGUAGCUGAAGACAAGGCUGUAUGGAUCACCUCAGGAUGGACCACUUGUUCCAAUACGUGUGGAGUUGGAGUGAAACAUCCCCAAUUAAAGUGUGUAGACAAAUGCACUGGACGGGCAAGAGGCGACCGGCGCUGUCUCACAUUCACAAAGCCCCAUCACAAACAGGGAUGCAACUUAGUCCCAUGCGAGUAUGACAAUUGUGUAGACAAACGAGAUGGACUCAACUGUGACAUGGUAGUACGUCUCAAUACGUGUGAAGACAUCAAGCAUCAUCGGGACUGCUGCCAGUCGUGUCGUCACGUUUUGUGGGGAAACGUUAGAUCAGCUCAUAAAAACAGGAUCGUGAUAUACUGAUGAUAUGGUCUUUUUGCUUUUUGCUUUUGUGUUGAUUGGCUUUCUUGUAGACGUUAAUGGUCGGUCGUUUCAGUGAUGUCAUUGCUUGUAUUUCAGUAUGCCUGGAAGUUUUUCACACUGGCCAAUCACUUACAAGUUGGCUAGU